UGAUACACUUAUUCUUAAGCUACGCACUGGCUUUUGAAUGCACUCUUCAUGCAAAGCACUUCAAAGUGUCUUCGGGACUUGGGAUAACAUUUCCAUCUGCGGGUUUGACACAAACUGCAAAAAAAAAAAAAAAAACUGUGACUUUAAGAGCGUCUCCCCUAGAACAAAAGCACUCUCGAUCUAGGUCAGGCUCAUCAUCUGUAGUCUAUCUUUAAACAGACUUUCACGGCCGAGCAGCGCUCACUUCCUGGCCGUACGCAAAGAGAAAGGGAAAGAAAAAUUCACUCCCGAGACUUUUGCGCUUUGACGCCUAAAUUUGAUCCCGUAAAACCUGAGUCGUGGCGUCCAUAGUCGUAUAAAAAAAGUGUCGUGAUCGGGAUGGACAAAUAGAAAAUGAGCGGGUAACUAAAUAUUCAAAAACACUACGUAAUCCCAGAGUACAUUGCUGCUGCGCCUUGCAUUACCUAAUCCCAUAAACCCUCGCGAGGAGAGGCGGGGACAGGGCCGGUUGUCGGAGCAACACACAUGUCAUUAGACGAUCCCCGCCCGCGCUCCCGUCUCCAGCCAAUCACGGGGCGUAGAAAUGACAUCAUUGUUAUUUUCAGUGGGGCUGCAGCUUAGAGGUGGAUAAAGUUCGUCUCCACGUUGGAAGUGAUUGAAAGUAUUACCCGUUUUCGGAGUGUUAUUGUUAUUUUUAGUUAUUGGAGCGGGAGGACAAUCCAACACAGGAGGCUUGACGGGGGGGUAGACGCACAGAAGCUCGGCGGCGGAAGAAACGUUUUUGGUUUUGUCGAUGAGCGCACGGUUCACAAAGGAAAACUUUUCUCGGGACGCAAAGUUGUCAAGUGAGUUGAACUCCCAACAAUAGGCAGCAUCCGCCUCGGGACAGUGGGCAGAUCGUCACAGAACAUACCGUAAAAACGACAGAAAUCGGACUCUUGGUUCAAACUCUACUAUUUGGACGGGAUUUGGAAGAAAAGUUUAUGUCUAGAAAAAUCCGUAAAAUGGAAGCGACGUUCUACGACGAAGCUGUAAAUGCCUCCAACUCCCAGCAUGACGGGGCGGCUGUGUACGGGUUCAACCCCAAAACACUGAAACAAACCAUGACCCUGAACCUAAACGACCCGAAAAACUUCAAGCCCCAGCUGGGGGCGAAGGCCCUGGACAUUCUCACUUCGCCCGACGUCGGUUUGCUGAAGCUGGCGUCGCCGGAGUUGGAGAGACUCAUCAUCCAGUCCUGCAGCGGGCUGACGACCCCCACCCCGACCCAGUUCAUCUGCCCCAAGAACGUCAGCGACGAGCAGGAGGGCUUCGCCGAAGGGUUCGUGAGGGCCCUAGCUGAGCUCCACUACCAGCAGAUCCCCGCCGCCCACCCUGACGCUCAGACCGGCGGGACCAGCGGGGUGGCACCCGGCGCGGCUCCGUGCGAAGGCGGCGGGAUUCCCUACAGCUGCACGGUGCGCACGGAGCCGCCCGAAUACACCAACCUGGCCGGUUUUAGCCGAACGGUGGGCUCCGCGUCCGCACCUGUCGCGGAGAGGCACCCGCCUACAAGUUACCCGGGAGCCCCGCAGCCGCCACACAACCACACGGACCACCAGCUGGCGGCAGCGGCGCAACAGCAGCAGCACCCGCGGUUGCAGGCGCUCAAGGAGGAGCCGCAAACGGUGCCCGAGAUGUCCGGCGAGACGCCUCCGCUCUCCCCGAUCGACAUGGAGAACCAGGAGCGCAUCAAGGCGGAGAGGAAGCGCAUGAGGAACCGGGUGGCCGCGUCCAAGUGCCGGAAAAGGAAGUUGGAGAGGAUCUCCCGACUGGAGGACAGGGUCAAGAACCUGAAAACCCAGAACACGGAGCUGGUUUCCUCCGCCAACGUCCUUCGAGACGAGCUGGCUCUGCUCAAGCAGAAGGUCAUGGACCACGUCAACAGCGGCUGUCAGCUCAUCCUGACGCAGCAGCUCCAAGCCUACUAGGCUGCGGAGACUGACGGAGCCAAUAAGGGACCAAAUGCAACUUCAGAUGGCUGCUUGAGACCUUCCACCAACCCCCCCCCCCCACUCCCGACAGCACACGGACACGAACUGUUUUGGCUCGGUCGGUGUAAUAGGAAGCCAACACCUGUUAUGUUGCAGACGCACAGAGCUGAGUGAAACUUUUGCUCCUAUAGUCUGCCCACUUCUGAAUUUCACUACAUUUUUUUUUAUUAUUAUUUCUACAAGAACUUGUAGGUCACGCGUGGAAACUGUGCACCUCGUCACAGGAACUGAGGUGGCGUGGGGAUACAGCUGCACACGGUGAAACACAAUGACAGCUGGCGCACCAUUUAAAGAAGAAGAAGAAGAAAAAAACACUAACAGCUGUCACACCUUCCAGACGGUUUUUAUUCUUAUUAUCUUCUAGGUGUGUGUAGCUUACUGACAGCUGCCUUACUUCCAGAACACUCUUCUUCAUACGACUUUUUAAUACGUGUGUAACUUGUUAGCCCUAAAAAAAACAACAACAUAACUCUUUGUAAUAUUUGUACGCUGCAUUUUUGAGCACUUAACUGUAAAUAAGGCUAAAUGAAUAAAAGAAAAGUUGAACAUA